UCACUUCAUCGCCUCCCCAAAUUAAUUCGCGGUGCGCUACCCAUCGCCGACCGUCUCGUCGCGCCGUGUUGCACCAGAAAAAUCACUGUUUCACUAUAUAAACGAAAUGCAGCGAUUUGGUCGGUCAUCAGUUCAAAAACGGUCCUAGUGGCAGCGCGCGAUCGUGUGCAGGAGAUAUCGGAGAUAACGUUUACCAAAAAAAAAAGAAAGAUAACAGACGAGUCGGGAAAAUAGGUGUGGUGAAUUUUCGCGAGUGCAUGUGAAAAUUUUGAAGUCAAGGUUUUACGGGUUUUGUACGGCAGAAGAAGCAGAUAUAGCGACAGUUUUGACAGUUUCUUUUAGACUGCCUAGCGAUCAGCCCACACCCUCUCCCGUCCAACAAUGAAGAUCAUGAAAUUUCGGGUCAGCGUAUCUCCGCUGGUUGUACUUCUAGUUUGUAUAGCCGGUAUCUCUCUCACUCUCGCCCUGGUAGAGGCACUCCAUGCACGAUCUGUCUCCGAGCGGAAACGGGACAUCGAUCACGAAUACGACCCGGGCAACGCGGCCUCGUACUACUCCAGCAAAACUGGCUACAGCGCCGGAAGUGGUCUCCGCUCCAUAGCACAGGGCUCCGCAGAUCAGGCCAACUCAGCUGUAGCGAAUCAGGUGUCCGCUGCCAAGCAGGCAGCAUACGUGGCACAGAGUACUUUGGCGCAAGCAGCGUCUCAGGCAGCAGCAACGGCUCAAGCCGCCCUAGCAGGUAAACAUGUCUUGCUGCAGGGGCUGGAACAACAAAGCCUGGAAGCGCACCAAGCCCUGGAGAGUGAAAUUCAGCAACUUCAUCAGGCCAAGAAAUCGGCGAAAACCUCACAGUACUCG